AUGUUUUGGUCUGCAGAAAUAGGUUGCGAAACUGGAACCUAUGGCAAGAACUGCAAUCUAAAGUGUGGGAACUGUAGUCAAGAUGCUUAUUGUGAUCCGAUAGACGGCAGGUGUGAAACAGGUUGUUCCGACGGCUUUCAAGGAGACAAGUGCGAUGAAGCGUGUCCAGCAGGAACCUACGGACAAAACUGCUCGUCACAGUGCGGCCAUUGCAGUAACCGUACGUCUUGUGAUCACGUGACAGGACAGUGCAGGCAGGGUUGCCUUGAUGGAUAUCACGGAGACCUGUGUCAGGAUGUUCAAACAGACCAGCAGAGCCAUCUGCCGUAUAUUAUCGUCAGUGCAGUUGUGGUUGUUCUCGCUGGCGUGGUGGUCGUAUGUCUAUUUUGGAAUCGAGCGACAGUCCUCAGUCGAAGCAAGUCGUCAUCAUCAGAAGCACUUCCGAUGGUUGAAACGAAGGCUGAGAUGUAGCAAGUGCAUCAGUCCCGUCAUGCAGCAGGCUGCCGCCAUAAUAUUAUGCUUCAGAAAAACUCUUAAACUCUCAAAAUGGAGUUCAACAACACGACUCAAUCCUGACUGAGAUGGAGCAUUGUACAGAGCUCAUGGAAUAUAGUUGUCUGUCAUGAAAGACGAUUACAAGCUGUGAAAUAUGUAUUCAAUGAGCGAUUGGCUUCUACAUCUACUACUACUGAAUGUCUCCAACUUUCUUUCAAGAUCAUAAUUAAAUUUACCUGGUGAUUACUUUAAUGUGUCCUGUGAUAGUAUGUGUAUAUCUUUAUACACACAUAUACAAUCGCUAGGACACCUGGUAUCACUCGUUUCGAUAUUUUUUUCCUCUGGACUCUUUCAAUUGUAACUUUACUGUCAGCUUUUGAUGUAAAUUUUAUUUGAGUCAAGCUUGUUCCAUCGAACAUUUUACAUGCAUUUCGUGAGUUUGGGAAAUUAUUAAAAGUAAAGUGUUCAUGUUUGCACUUACUAUGCUCUUGAUGUCUUCUCGCUAACUUGCUGAUGCUGAAAUCUUAUUUACUAUAACGGAAGCACAACAUUGUCAGUGAAUGGAGAUC